AUGUCUGACCUACUUUCCCUACCGACUGUCGGUCUGUCGGCCUCUUCUUCCUCCUCUUCCCUGGUGGGAAGCACUAGUGGUUGUCCAAGCAUGAUAUUCACCGACUCCCCAUCCUGGGACUCCUCCUCGGACACCUCGGACUCGAUCGAUCCAUCCCCGGGGCAGUCGGAACACGAUCAGGGCAGUCGUACUGCACAUUCUGCACCGACAGCUGCACCUUCUCGUGGCCUCGGGGUAGAUGAGCAGCUCGCUAGUGCUGGUGGUGGUAGCAAGGAGAACACGCCGCGAGCGCCAUCUUCAGCGGUGUUUGCUACAGAGGAUCUGGGGUACGAAGCCGACUAUGAAGGUCGAUAUCGACAGAAGCACUUCAUUCACAAGUCACUCGGAUUCGCCGACCACCGCCGUCACAAGAGGCUCUCGAAGGGGUCUCCUGUAUUGGGGCUGUAUCCGACCAAACCACCCGACAUCUACAUUCUACCAAUUGAUACGGAUACCGAUACCGAUACCGACGCGAGCCUUCGUGCGACCCCUUGGAACCGUCAGCAUGUCGAGGACGAUGUAUCAACCCAGUCAGGAACACUGCGGGUUCCGCAAGCGGAGACUGCGCAGACCCCACCACAGCAGACCUCCCGGCACUCACUGCUACCGCGCGUACAUGUCACCAGUGCUUUCCUACAAUCGGCCCAAUCACGCUUCGACCAUUGGUGCCGAGCCAAUCAUCGUACGCGGACGUUAUAUCCCACCGCUCCUCCUUAUUCACUCUGA